GCCUCCUAAAGUAGGCAGGUGACACAUGGAGGUGUAAGGGUCCAUAUAGGUUAGCCAGGGGUGUCAAACUGGCAGCCCUCCAGGUGUUGCGAAACUACAAGUCCCAUCAUGCCUCUGCCUUUGGGAGUCAUGCUUGUAACUGCCAGUCUUGCAAUGUCUCAUGGGACUUGUAGUUUGGCAACAGCUGGAGGGCCACCAGUUUUGACACCCCUGUUGCAAAACUACAAGUCCCAUCAUGCCUCUGCCUUUGGGAGACAUGUUUGUAACUGUCAGUCUUGCAAUGCCUCAUGGGACUUGUAGUUUUGGCAACAACUAGAGGGCCGCCAGUUUGACACCCGUGCUGUAGGUGAUUCCUUUUGAGAUGUCU